AUGAAUAAUUGGGAAAAAUGUUUGUUGCAAUUGGCGUUAGAAAAAGAUCAAUCUGAUACAGAUGACGAUGAUGAAUAUAAAGAAGAUCCUUUUUAUUGCUCUUCAAACGACGAUCCAGUGUAUAUUCCUCAAGAUAGUUCUGACGAUUUUGAGACUUAUACAGAGUCAGAUAACGAUUACGUCGCUGCCUUCUAUUUCACCAUCAACGAUAACCGUAUUAGAGUAUGUAAGGCAUUUUUUAAAGCGACUCUGGAUAUAACCGAUCAACCUAUUAGAACAGCUUUGAUAAAGGAAACUGAAAGUGGUUUCUUAGAUGGUGACAAAAGGGGAAGACAUGGGAACCAACCCAAGGUUGAUCCUGAAAUCAAAGAUAGUGUAAGAAACUUCAUCAACGCUAUACUACGAAUAGAAUCGCAUUAUCUACGGGCCCAAACAGCCCAUGAACAGGGCAAAGCAAAUUUGGUAGAUGCGUAUAAUCUUCACCAGAAAGACAAAGAACUUUCCCGUAAAGAAAAGGAAGCCAAUAAAAUAAAUGUCAAUGGUAGUCACGUUGCAAUAUACGAUUUACAGAUCCUGCCGUUCCUAGAGGUCAAGUAUCGUCAUUUUACUACAAAAGCAAACUUAACUGCUACAACUUCACCAUCAUAA